UAAUAAUAAUAAUAAUAAUAAUAAUAAUAAUAAUAAUUUAGUCCGGCAAUGGGAAAAUUCACAAAUAUAUUUCAGCAAAUGAGACUUUGCAACCCAUACAGGAGGCAAGACGAGGAACCAUUUAGUAUGUGGUUUCUUGGAUCUCAAACCCAGGAUGUUCUGCGUGUAAGGCACAUGUGAUAACCACUACACCAUGGAACCAGGUACUGUCUGGGUCAAAAUAAUUUUUUUUCUUUUUUUCUAAAACAAAUGAUCAAACUCACAGCAUUCAAAUCCACCUACCCACAAACAUGACUUCACAUUGGCGGGCCACACACGUGGAAGAAUUUUAAGAAUAUUACAAGAGGGUUUCGUUUCUCUGAGUGAGUUAGAAACCUAUUGUUAGAACAUAACAUCACCCACAACUCAUCCAUCUUCAUCAGCCAUACCUGGGUUCUUUAGGGCCUCCCGCUUUCUGUAAACUAAAUCUUUAUUGUACUGUAGAACUGGGUGAAUCCUAUUACUGUACCUUGUUCGAAGAUGAACACUAGUUCAAACCCAGCCUUUUUUUAUUUAACACAGUUGUAUGCAUUUUUGUGCUUUAUUUCUAGAAACUAAAUAUUAUUAUUUUUAUCCUUAGGUUAUUAUUCUAAUAUCUAUCUAUCUUGAAUCAACUUUUUAAAAUAAUUGCCAGCACACCCUUACAACUAGUGACACAAAUUCAUUUUGAUGUCAUGAUAUAUAAUCAAACAAGCGGUCCAUUUCAGAACCAUGACACACAGAAUAUGUGAACUCCCCCACCUCUCUUUCUCUCCAAGCAGACAGACAGCUGCACGUAACCAGUGACAAGGGGCUUAGGAGGGGCCUGGCCCAUCAUGGGACAUAGUGUCAAGUAAGAGACAGUUUCAGAGUUUCACAGUCAUAGAACUGCACCUACCACCAUCAGAGACAGACUAUCGCGGUCGUCUGGAAGCCGCCAGUGAUUCCUCUCCUGAACUUUCGAAGCCUUGUGACACUGACUCGUUUGGGCUAAAGUUUUAUACUUUUUCCAAUCGUCUGAUACUUUUAUUUUUACUGAAGGAAGGAAAAGGACACGCUUUCACCAUGCAGUCUUGUGCCCGGUGCGGUUUUGUGGUCUACCCAGCUGAGAAAAUCAACUGCAUUGACCAGAACUGGCACAAAGCAUGUUUUCACUGUGACGUUUGCAAGAUGGUCCUCACUGCCAACAACUUUGUCAGCCACAAAAAGAGGCCGUACUGCUCUGUACACAAUCCGAGGAACAACACCUUCACCAGCGUCUACGAGACACCGAUCAACAUCAACGCAAAGAAGCAGAGCAAGGCCAGCAGUGAGCUGAAGUAUCGCGAAGAAGGCGAGCGCUUUAUGUCCACCUUCCACUAUGACAUGAAGUCCAUGGAACUGCAGAAGGCUCUCCUAGCCAACCAGAUGGCCAGCCAGGCCUUUCAGUCCAAGUCUGAGUUCUCACAGCAGCAGACGUGGUACUCGGGCUCUGUGACCAGCCAGGAGAUUGUAACAUCAUCUCAAGCACAGAAGAACAUUAGUGAUGUCAAGUACACAGAGGAGUACGAACAGUCAAAAGGAAAAGGCAGCUUCCCUGCCAUGAUCACACCUGGUUACCAGGCGGCUAAGAAUGCCAAUGCUCUGGCGAGCAGUCUGGAAUAUAAAAAAGGACACGAGGAAAGAAUCUCAAAGUACACAACGUUUGUCGAUCCCCCCGAGGUGCUCUUGGCCAAAAAACAAGGACAAAUAGCCAGUGAUUAUGUCUACACGGAGGAGUAUGAGCAACAGAAAGGAAAAGGCAGUUUCCCUGCGCAUCUAACACCUGGCUACAAGAUGUCUAAGAAGGCAAUGGAGCAGGCCAGCAAUAUAAAGUAUCGUCAGACAUAUGAGCAGGAAAUGAAAGGCAAAGCCAGCAGCGACGCCGCUGCAAUGGAAACACUCCACGCUAAAGAAAACGCAGAGAAUUAUAGCCAGAUCGCAUACACGGAAGACUAUGAACAACAAAGAGGCAAAGGAAGUUUCCCUGCAAUGAUCACUCCUGGUUACUAUCAGGCAAAAAAAGCACAGGAAAAUGCAAGUGAUCUAAAAUACAGAAAAGACUUAAGCAGGAUGAAGGACACCUCACACUUUCAUAGUCUGACUUCAGAGGACAAUCUGACACUGAAAAACGCAAGAAAGAUCAACAAGCUUGUCAGCGAGGUGGAGUAUAGGAAGGACCUGGAGAACAUUAAAGGUCACAGCAUCAACUUCUGCGAAACGCCACAGUUUCACAAUGCUGCCAAAGCUGCCAAGUUCGCCAGCGACAACAAAUACAAGGAGAAAUACAUCAGCGAUAUGAAGGGCCACUACGAAGACUCUGGGAUCGAUAAGAAGACCAUGCACGCCAUGAAAGCCAGGAAGCUGGCUAGCGAUAUCACCUACAAACAAAGCUGUGAGCAGGAGUCGGGUGACUACAACUAUCCAGCCACAAUCACACCAGGUUACCAAAGCCAGAGGAAGCUGGACCCUCUCAAAGAUAAGAACUACAGGCAACAUAUUGACCAGGUCAAGUACAGUCCAGUGAUCGACACCCCUGAGAUUAUUCUGGCCAAGAAAAACGCUCAGCUGGUCAGCAAUAUUAAAUAUAAAGAGGACUGGGAAAAAAACAAGUCCAAGGCCUCUGAAGCUGGCUUGAAUGACCUCAGUGUCAAGGCAGCUAAAGCUUCCCGAGACCUGGCCAGUGACAUUAAAUACAAGGAGAGCUACACAAAGAACAAGGAGAAGGCAGUGGGGAUCGACAUGAGUGACUCCAAAACCCUGCACUCUCUCAAAGUGGCAAAAAUGAGCAGCGAUAUCGAGUAUAAGAAAGGCUCCAAAGACAAUCAAGGUCAGUUCACACUUUCCUCAAACAUGAUCAACCUCAGUCAUGCCAAGAAGGCUCAAGCUCUGGCCAGUGACCUGGAAUAUCGCAAGAAACUCCACGACUACACCAUCCUGCCUGAUGACAUCAAGGUUUAGCAGGCCAAAAAGGCUUAUCAACUGCAGAGUGAGAAUCAAUAUCGUUCAGACCUGAACUGGAUGAAAGGAGUCAGUUGGGAUACGGACGGAUGUCUGAACAUCACCCAGGCCAAGAAAGCAGGGCAGCUGCUCAGUGAUAAUAAAUAUCGCCAAAAGGCAGACAGCAUCGCGUUCACUCACGUGGCUGACGAUCUCUCCAUCAAACAUGCCAAGAAGAGCCAGGAGCUCCAGAGUGACCUGGCUUACAAGUCCAACACUGAUCAGAUGAUGCACCAGUACACCAUGACAAAUGAUGAACCUCUUUUCAUACAAGCGAAGGCCAACGCUGACCUUCUCAGUGCAAAAGUGUAUAAGGGCAGCUGGGAGAAGCAGAGAGAAAAGGGUUUUGAGAUGCGUCUGGACUCACUCUCUAUCCUCACCGCCAAGGCUAAGAGGGACUUGGCCAGCAAUGUCAAGUACAAGCAACAAUAUGAGAAAAACAAAGGCAAAGUUAUUGGCAUCAAGUCAGUCAGUGAGGACUCUCAGAUGGCACACUCUGCCCUGGCCACCAAGCUACAGAGCGACCGCCACUACAGAAAGGAGUAUGAAGACGCAAAGGCCAAAUACUGCGUGUCUCUGGAUAUGCUUAACAUCAGCCAUGCAAAGAAGGCCCAGGACCUGGCAACUGAUGUCAAUUACAGGACUUUCCUCCAUGAGUACACAACCCUGCCUACAGACAUGAAUGUUGCCUGGGCUAAGAAGGCCUACGGACUGCAGAGUGACAAAAAGUACAGGUCAGAUCUAAACUGGAUGAAAGGCGUUGGUUGGGAGGCCUCGGAGUCCCUGGACGUCCAACAGGCGAAGAAAGCCGGAGAACUCAUCAGCGAGAAAAAGUACCGCCAGGACGCAAGUUCUCUGAGGUUCACCAGUGUUGAAAACACUCCAGAGAUGGUCCAAGCAAAAGUCAGCAACAAGCUGGCUAUCGAUAGGUUGUACAGGGAGAAGGGUGAAAACCUUAAGCACAAUUACACACUCACUGAAGAACUGCCUGAGAUGGUACAGGCCAAGCUCAACGCUAUGAACCUGAGUGAGAGCCACUACAAAGAAUCUUGGACUAAGUUACGUGAUGGUGGUUACAAGCUGCGUCUGGACGCCAUUCCCUUCCAGUCUGCCAAGGCUUCAGGCGACAUCCUAAGUGAUCAAAAGUACAAAGAAGAUUUCGAGAGAACUAAAGGCAAGAUGAUUGGACUGAGGGGACUGCAGGAUGAUUUGAACAUGUCCCACUCGGUUCAUGCCACCAAACUGCAGAGUGACAUUAAGUACAAGAAGGACUCGGUGAAAGAGCUGUCCAAGUUCCAUCUGCCCAUGGACAUGAUGGAAGUGGCCCACGCUAGGAAGGCCCAGGCUCUGGUCAGUGAUCAGGACUACAGACACAGUCUGCAUGAGUACACCUCCCUACCCGAUGACAUGAAGGUGCAGGCGGCCAAGAGAGCGUACGCGCUGCAGAGUGAGAAAGUGUAUCGCUCCGACCUGAACUACCUGCGUGGUGCAGCGUGGAUUGCCACUGGGGCCCUGCAGAUUGAAGGCUCCAAGAAAGCAACAGACCUCAUCAGUGAUAAAAAAUACCGUCAGCAGCCGUACAACUUCAAACACACCUCGGUCGCAGACUCUCCUGACAUCGUUCACGCCAAACUCAGUGGACUGGUUACGAACGAACGUUUAUAUAAAACAGCGGUGAACGACCAACACAACUACACGAUAACGAGCGAGAGGCCGGAGAUCACGCAAGCCAAGAUUAAUGCUGCCAACUUCAGCGAGAUCAAGUACAAAGAAUCCUGGCACACGCUCAGGGCCCAGGGCUACAAACUCACCAUGCAGGACAUCCCCUUCCAGGCUGCUAAGACCUCCACGGGCAUCGCCAGCGACUACAAUUACAAACACAGCCACCUGCUGGAAAAAGGUAAACACAUCGGGAUCAAAAGCGUCUUGGACGACCCACGUCUUCUCCAGUGUCUCCACGCGGGUCGACUGGCAAGCGACCAGGAGUACCGCAAGGAUGCCCUGACAACCAGUGGCCAGUACCACCUGACUCCUGACAUGAUUCACCUGGUGACAGCUAAAAACGCCCAGACCCUGGCCAGUGAUCAGGACUACAGGACCAGGCUGCACGAGUACACCGUUCUCCCUGAUGACAUGAAGGUCAAAUGGGCCAAAAAGGCUUAUGACCUGCAGAGUGAGAAACUCUACAAGGCCGACCUCGGCUUCAUGAAAGGAGUCGCCUGGGACGGAGUCGGUGCACCGCAGCUGGAGUCGGCCAAGAAGGCUGGAGAACUUAUAAGCGAAAAAAAAUACCGUCAACUGCCUGACAGUCUGAAGUUCACCUCAGUCACCGACUCUCCUGACAUUGUCCACGCUAAGUCAAGCUACCAGCAUUGCAGUGAGAGGCUGUACAAAUCAGGGAAGGACGCUGACAUGAACAAGUACACCUUACACUCUGACGAUCCAGACUUCAUCAGAGCCAAGAUAAAUGCCCAGCAGAUUAGCGAUAAAGUUUACAAGUCAUCUGGGGAGCAGGUCAAGACGGCUGGAUACGACCUGAGACUGGACGCUAUACCUUUCCAGACAGCUAAGGCCUCCAGAGAAAUCGCCAGUGAUUUGCUCUACAAGGAGUGCCAUCUGAAAGAGAAGGGCCAGCAGGUGGGGCUGCGCUGUGUGGAGGACGACCCAAAGAUGGUUCACUCUCUGGCGGCCAGCAAACUCCAGAGCAACCUGGAGUACAAACGUCAAUCCAAGGAGGAACGUGGCCAAUACAAAAUGCACGCUGACCAACCCGAGUUCCUGCAGGCCAGAAAGAGCCAGGCUCAGGCUAGUGACAUCACCUACCGCCACAAGCUCCACGACUACACCUGUGACCCCAAACAGCUCAACGUCAAGCACGCCAAGCAGGCCUACAAGCUGCAGAGUGAUGUGAACUACAAAUCAGAUCAGAACUGGAUCAAAGGAGUGGGCUGGACCCCUCCUGGGUACUAUAAGGCUGAGCUCGCCCGCCGAGCAGCAGAGCUGGGCCUGGCUGAGGGAGUUAGCACUGAGGAGGCUAUUGCAAAGUACCAGCACAUGAUGAUGAUACAUCACCAGCAGCAGAUGGAGGAGCAGCAGCAGCAGCAGCAGCAGCAGACGUCAGAGCAUGUGGAGACCAGCGAGGAGAUAGGACAAGGUGUCAACUUGGACGCCAUGGAGGUCCUUCACGUGAAGAGGAUGAAAACCAUUCAGACCGUCCAGAAAAAGUCCACAGCAACCAGCACAAAAUCGUUCCGAUCCAUGGAGAAGAAAUCCGGCACCACGUCGUCUUCCUCGUCAUCUGGCCUCCAGAACACCGUGAGGACGUCAGGCUCUAGUAAAACUGCUGCAAUAGAACAGGCGUAGGUUAGAGAGGUUUUACACGGUAGAGUUAGAUUGUUGUUGAAAUGACCCAACUGAGGAUAUUUAAGGUGAGUUUUUAAUUUCCAUUCUACUGAAAUAAUAGAUGUAAUAUGUUAUUAUUGAUCAAAUAUAUAUAAAGAAGUAUAGUAAUGGGAUCUAAUGGUGGUUGGAGCAUGUUGAAUGGAGAUGGGACUGGAGAUGAGAAGGAAUUCAAAUUUGAUGUUGGUCAAACAGUCUGUGGGAUUAUGAUGGAUUAUGUAAAGGACAAGGUUAAGUUCAAAAGAAAGUAAUGUGUAUGGAUGAAAGAGAUUACGUUAAAAAAUAAGUUGCAUGUUCAAGAGUUUGGACAGCUACAAGAGAUAUUUAGAUUGGUCAGGAUUACAGCAUUCUUUUUUUCUUUGUUGGAACACAUGGCAGGUUCAAAUGCACAAGGUCAAAACACACACUGGUCUGUUGUGUGUUGAGCUAGACUCAGGAAAAACAUAUGACAAGUUUUCUUAUGAAGCCAUAUGUAGUCUCUACUUUGUCUGGCAGGUUCAGCUUUGUCAGUUGUAACAGUGCACCUUCAAACUCAAGGCUGGACUCCGAGUAAAUGCUUGUCUUUUUUCUUUUUUGCUGGUAAAUAAAUAAAUAAAUACAAAUGAUUUUUCAAGG